AGCUCUGAGGGAAGAAUAUGUUUUAAGAGACAGCAGUGACCUGAGGUUCUUCCACAUUUCAGGAAAGCUGAAAGAGGAGUGGAUCCUGUCCUUGCUGGUGCUGAAGCCUGCCUGGGAGCUCAACGACCAAGAGUGAGAGGAGGGAGUGACUUGGAAAAGUUGAACCAAAAUGGCUGGAAGGAGAGCCAUACCUUUCCUGGACCCUAUCCAUCCCCUAGAGGAGGCAGAAAGAGUUGUUGUGCUCCAGACAGUCCAAUCCCAGGAAUCCAUGACAUUCAAGGACGUGGCCGUGGACUUCACCCCCCAGGAGUGGGUACAGCUGAACCCUGCUCAGAAGGCACUGUACAGGGAAGUGAUGCUGGAGAACUUCAAGAACCUGGUCUCCUUGGGCUUUCCAGUAUUUAAACCUGAAGUGAUCUCCCAUUUGGAGCAAGGGAAGGAUCCUUGGGCCCAAAAGAGAAGCAGCUCUGGAGACAUCUGUCCAGAUUGGGAGACAAGGUCUAAGACCAAGGUGUCAUCUCUCAUGAAGGAUAUUCCUGAAAAAAAAUCAUACUGGGGCAAGAUUAUAGAAAAACUCAAAAAGAAUGGUUCCAGGAAUUCUAUGGUGGGAGAGGCAUGGGAAAGCAGAGAGUUUAAGAUGCAACAGAGAAACGAAGAGAGACAUUUGAGGCUAAUGGCAGUCACCCACAAGAAAGCAUCUCCUGGAGAAUCAGACCAUGAAUUAGGAGGAAACACCAAUAUGAAGUCAGUUCUGAUUGACCAGACCAAAGGCAAGAGGCUUCUCUCACCUGGUGCUUCUGAAGCAAGCUUGAGAGAAAAGGACUCAGACCUAGUUCGGCACCAGAGGAAACUAUAUAAGUGCCUUGGUUAUAAAAAGGACUUUAAAUACUGCUCUGCUUUUAUCCAACAUCAAAAGAUUCACACUGGGAAGAAACCCUAUGAGUGUAACAAGUGCAGAAAAGCCUUCAGUGACAGUUCAUCCCUUAUUAAACAUAAAAGGACUCACACUGGGGAAAAGCCCUAUGAGUGUCAUGAAUGUGGGAAAACCUUUAGUGUCCAGUCAUCCCUUACUACCCAUCAGAGAAUUCACACUGGGGAAAAACCCUAUGAAUGUAAUGACUGUGGAAAAACCUUCAGUGUCCGAUCAUCCCUUACUAUCCAUAAGAGAAUUCACACUGGAGAAAAGCCCUAUGAAUGUAAUGACUGUGGAAAAGCCUUCAGUGUCCGAUCAUCCCUUACUAUCCAUAAGAGAAUUCACACUGGAGAAAAGCCUUAUGAAUGUAAUGACUGUGGAAAAACUUUCAGUGUCCGGUCAUCCCUUACUAUCCAUGAGAGAAUUUACACAGGGGAAAAAGCUAAUCAGUACAGUGGGAAGACCUUUGGUCAGAGCUCACAUCUCGUUCUUCACCAGAAGAUGCAUACUGGAGAGCAGCCUUAUGAAUGUAAUGUAUGUGGAAAAGCCUUCAAUAACAGUUCAUUCCUUACUAAACAUCAGAGAAUUCACACAGGAGAGAAGCCCUAUCAAUGUGACAAAUGCAGGAAAUACUUUAGUGACAGGUCAUCACUGACUAAACAUCAAAGAAUUCAUACUAGGGAGAAACCUUAUAAAUGUCAUGACUGUGGGAAAGCUUUCAACCAUAGCUCUCUCCUUAAAAAGCAUAGGAGGAUUCACACUGGGGAGAAACCCUACAAAUGUAAUGAGUGUGGGAAAACAUUCAGACAGAAACUAAACCUUACUCUACAUCAGAGAAUUCACACUGGAGAAAAACCUUAUGAAUGUAGUGAAUGUGGGAAAGCUUUCAGUGAUUGCUCGUUCUUUAUCAAGCAUCAGAGGAUUCACACUGGAGAAAAACCUUAUGAAUGCAGUGAAUGUGGGAAAGCCUUCACGUGGAAUGAACAGCUUACUCUACAUCAGAGAGUUCACACUGGGGAGAAGCCCUAUGAAUGUAAUCAAUGUGGCAAAGCCUUCAGCCAGAGUCCACACCUUAUUCGACAUCAAAGAAUUCAUACAGGAGAGAAACCUUAUAAAUGUAGGGAAUGUGGGAAGGCCUUCAGCCAAAGCUCAUCCCUUACAAAACAUAUGAGAACUCAUACUGGAGAGAAGCUUUAUAAGUGCAAUGAAUGUGGCAAAGCCCUGAGUCAGAGCUCAUCCUUGGCCAAACACAUAAGAACUCAUACUGGAGAGAAACAUUAUAAAUGUAGUGAGUGUGAGAGAGGUUUCAACAAUAGACUGUCCUUUAUUAAACAUCAAAGAAAGCAUGUGGAAGAGAAACUCUGUACAUAAAGGGAAGCCCAUCGAACGCCAGCUCAACUGGCACAAAAUAACAAAAUAUCGAAAAAUUCAGACCAGUGAGAAAAACUAUGAGAAGAAAUAACAUGAUAAAUCUUUGGGACAGUUCAGCCUUUAUUAAUGUGAAAAAAAAAUUUUUACCAGAUAGAAAUUUCAUUAAUAAAGUGACUUUAUCAAAUGUUUAUCAAGCACUUAAGAAAGCAGUAAGUGCAAGGAGAAAGGGGGAUUACAGAGAAGAAUAAAUAAGGUAGGGAAAGUGAUUCAAGAUGCAUUUAUUGAAUGCCUACUGUGUACCAGGCACUAUUCUAAGCACUGAUGAUACCAGAAAGACAAAGAAGAGCUCCUGCUCCCAGCGCAGUUAGCAUAGUACUAAGGAACACUGGAUUUACCAGAAGACCUAGUUCAAAGCCCAAUUCAGCCAUUUAGUAAGAAUGACCUUAUUAGAGUACAUAUCUCCCUCAGUUUCAAAAAGAAAUCAGACUCAAUCUUCUCUAAGUUUUCUUCUGAAUCUACAAAUAUUUUUAUCUUUAGCACUUUGAGACUCACAAAGGACUUUCCUCACCAACCUUUGAUGUAGGUAGUCAGUAAACAUUUAUUAAGCACCUACUGUGUACUAGGCCCUGUGCCAAGCACCGAGAAUACCAAGAAAGGUGUAAGAAGCCUAUUCUCAAAAAGCUUCCAGUCUGAUGGGGAAGAGAAAGCAUGCAAACAAGAUAUUUGCAGGAUAAAGCACUACUAUUACCUCCAUUUCACAGAUGAGGAAAUUGAGAGGUUAAUGAAUCAAUCAAGUCACAUAGCUUGUACAGCUCUCAGAGUCAGGAUUGGAAUCCAGAGCACCAUUCCACUAACUUAGAAAGAGUUGUUACCUGGUUCUAGAAUCAUAGCACCUGAAAUCCAAACCACCUGAAAACCAAUCCUGAGGCUGCCUACCUGUGUGACCUGAUGCAAGUCAUUAACCACUCAGUAUUUCAGUUUCCUCAUAUGUAAAGUGACAGGCUUGGACUAGCCUAGGAAUUAAUAAUGGAGCAGGUUCCAGAUUAGGAGCUUGGAAGUAAAUGAGUUAAAAUGUAAGUGAAGAUAGGGUAGCUGAGACUCGGUCUUUUCCUCUUUCUCUUGGCCUUGUACUUAUAGAUAUUCAUAAAUCCUUGGUAAAUGGAAGAAUGAGUAUUUUCAUGGAAGAUAAUAGCUAUUUCUCUUAAUAAUAAAGCAAUCCUUUUUAACAUGCUAAUGCAUAUAGGAGCUUCUGAAUCCUUGAAAAGGGACUGGAGAUGACACAAAAGAGAGAGGGCCUUCCAGCUGAGCUAGGAAAGAUAAUAACAUUGAAGCCCUAAGAAGGCUUUUUAUAAACUUGAAGGACUGGAGGAAGAUGGAGGAUAAAAAGGCAUAAAGGGAAUUUGGAACUUCUCAACACAGAACAGAGGUAAUGUGGGAAUUCCCUUCUUCCUUUCCACAAAGGCCAAAGAGACAAGAUGGCAACAUAAGAAAAAGGGAAGCUUUGGGAGAAAACUGGAAGCCAGGAAGAAUUGAUGGAGACUGGGGACUCAACUAAAGGAAACUGAAUAAUGGGCUGAAUUCCCCUAACUAGGGGAAAGACUAAAAAGUUUAUGGAAGGAGAAGCAAUAUUGUAGAGGAGCUAGAGUGCUAGACUCCUCACUUCUAAGUCAGGGAGAAGAGAGAUCAACAGCCCCCUCAGGGACUUUACUGCUGGGUAACCCUAAGUCACAACAUUCUCUGAGUCUUAUUACUUUUGAAAGAUGAUGGUGUUAGACUCAGUGUCCUUCAGGAUCCCUUCUUUUUCUAAGUCUAGGUUCCUAUAACCCAACUAGGAAGAGUCUAAUAGAGUAAAGUUGGCUUAGACAUGGACCAGCAAAUAAGAACCAUGACUUUUGGGUUGAGAUUAGACACAGAUCAGGAGUGAGUUUACCAACACCACAACCAAGUUGCAGUUCCUUCUUUGGGAUAUGAAAAUAUAUUGGGGUUUUCAGAUGGCUAACAGGAGGGAGAGUGUUGGAAGAGGCUAAUGAAAUAAGAAAGGCUUCAGGAAAGACCCACCAGAUCUAUCCUCCGCUAGUAUGGACUCUCCCAUCCUUUGGGACAGAGGGAGACUGCAUCAGGGGCUCCUAACUGCAAUCCCCAGAGGGAUUAUAACAUUUCUUCCUCCUUAAUAUCUUUAGCUAUCAUCAGAAUAGAAUUGAUCUAUAAUUGGUGACUUGGAAAAGGUGUCUAGGUCGAUCUAUAAAACUCUUAG